CGUGUCUUUGCCCCUUUCAGGCUCCAGAGCGCUCUCCGGCGUGGCCCUCUUCCACGCAGACGCGCUGCCUGUGCUGGGGGAGCUGCUCCCCCGAGACCUCGCUAUGAACACCCUGCUGCUCGCCUUCCUGGUUCCGGCCUGCCUCUCCUCCCUGGUGCCAGAAAAGGAGAAGGACCCCCAGUUCUGGCGGCACCAGGCCCAGGAGACUCUCCGGAAAGCACUGCGCCUGCAAGAGCUGAACACCAAUGUGGCCAAGAAUGUGAUCCUCUUCCUCGGAGACGGCAUGGGCGUCUCCACUGUGACGGCCACUCGCAUUCUCAAGGGCCAGCUCCAGCAGAAGACCGGGGAGGAGACCAUCUUGGAAAUGGACCGCUUUCCUUUUGUGGCGCUCUCUAAGACCUACAACACCAACGCCCAGGUGCCCGACAGUGCGGGCACUGCCACGGCUUACCUAUGCGGCGUGAAGGCUAACGAGGGCACCGUGGGGGUCAGCGCAGCGGUGACGCGGUCCCAGUGCAACACAACGGCCGGCAACGAAGUGAGCUCCAUACUCAAAUGGGCCAAAGCAGCAGGCAAAUCCGUGGGCAUUGUCACCACCACCCGCGUGAACCACGCCACGCCGAGCGCCGCUUACGCACACUCGGCGGACCGGGACUGGUACUCGGAUAACGAGAUGCCCACCGAAGCGCGCCAGCAGGGCUGCAAAGACAUCGCCCAUCAGCUGUUUGAAAACAUUCCUGACAUUGAGGUCAUCAUGGGGGGAGGCCGGAAGUACAUGUUCCCCAAGAACAGCAGCGACGUGGAGUACCCGGACGAGGAGAAGUACAGGGGGACCCGGCUGGACAACAGGGAUCUGGUCCAGGAGUGGAGGAACGCGAAGCCUGAAGGCAAGAAUGCCCUUUAUCUAUGGAACCGGACAGCGCUGAUGGAACUGGACCCAGAGAACGUUGAUUACCUCUUGGGUCUCUUUGAGCCGAUCGACAUGAUGUAUGAAUUGAACAGGAACAAUCAAACAGACCCCUCCUUGACCGAAAUGGUGAGGGUGGCCAUCGGGAUUCUCCAGAAGAACCCCCUUGGGUUCUUCCUCCUGGUGGAAGGUGGAAGGAUCGACCACGGGCACCACGAGGGGAAGGCCAAGCAAGCUCUCCACGAGGCGGUCGAGAUGGACCGAGCCAUUGGCCAGGCCGGGAUCCUGACGUCUUCCAAAGACACUCUGACGGUGGUGACCGCUGACCACUCCCACGUUUUCACAUUUGGCGGCUACACACCCCGCGGCAAUUCAAUUUUUGGGCUGGCCCCAAUGCAAAGCGACGUGGAUAAGAAACCAUUCACUUCCAUCCUCUACGGGAAUGGACCGGGGUACAGGAUGGUAGCUGGAGAGAGAGAGAACAUCUCCGUGGUGAACUUCACCGACACCAACUACCAGGCUCAGUCCGCCGUCCCGCUGCGCAUGGAAACGCACGGAGGGGAGGACGUGGCUGUCUUCGCCAAGGGCCCCAUGGCUCACCUCCUCCACGGCGUCCACGAGCAGAACUACAUCCCGCACGUGAUGGCCUAUGCGGCCUGCAUCGGCGAAAACAAGGAGCACUGUCGCUCAGGCGCACCAUGCAGCCUCUCCGGGUCCCUCCCUCUGACCUCAACCAUCUUCUCCGUCCUCCUGCUCCGAAUUUUGUUUUAAAGGCUCAGCUCCUCGGACUGUCCAGAUCGAGGCUCCGACCCGCUUUGAGGUUUCCGGCCUCAAACCUUCCUGGGGGGAUUUCUAGCUUCAUCGAGGAGGGGCCACACUGGACAGCUUCCCCAAGGAACUGCUUUGCUCUGGAACAGAACGGUCCUUGGCGCCAGGAUCCGUGCCAGUCGGAGCCGCUGGGAUCGCCCGGCUAUUUUUCUCCCACCCCCUCCUAAAGGAAGAGAAGGGCUGGGCCCCGCUGGACCAGGAGAGUGUGGCGUGCCUGGCAUUUUCCAAAUCUUUUCUUACCUCGACAGACCUUGGGGCAUCUCUGGCCUUGAAAGGUUCGCUCUAUCCCCCAAACUCUUCCAAAGGUAGUUCCGAAGAGAAAUGUGAGCCCAGCAAUGGCACAACCACGUGCCCACCGUCCUCCUUGCCCACUCCGUGAGGGGUGAAACCUGCAGGCAACCCAAUCUGCUCCAGGCCAGCAGCACCUUAAUCUGACCCCCGAAGCGCAGAGGGAUUUUCAACAGCUUCUCCGCUGAGGGAUGUCACAGCAUGUCCCAGGUAGGGGUGAUUCAGGGCAGAACCACGAAGUCCAUAAAUUGCCAAUACCCAUAAAGAGGAGAGUUGUGCCUCUGGAAAUGCGGUCACCCCAUCAAGUCAGGGCAACAGGCAACAGCUGGAGGCAACAGCUGGAACGAUACACCCCUCCCUAGCAGCAUCAAACCCUUUCGCCCUUUUAGGUUCGGUCCCCAACAGCUAAGAGUCCCGGCUGUAGGAUUAAACAGAUGAAGUCUGAAAAAUAGAAAAAAGUCUGCUGCGUGGGGGAAGAAUAAAGGGAGUCGGCAAGGGGGCAGAGGCUGCUGUUUCUGAAGGAAAAACAAACUCUGAUCCACGCAUUGUAGUAAGCCAGGAUAGGCCAUGGCUUCAACGCUGUGUCUUUUGCGCACUGUGGGUUGUAAGGUACGGUUUGCAGAUUAGCAUGACGUACGAGCCCAGGCACUGUAGCUUAUUCAGCAAACCCCGGUUAGAACAAACCAUGGCUUAGCGGGAGCCCGUGAAAAGAAGCGAAUGCAAACUCCGCCACGGGGAUCCUUGGGGGAGGAAGUGAAAAUACAACGGCCACGGUCCUACAGUUCACGUAGAUCUAUACGGAGGAGCCCGCUGGGAAUUGUGCCCCUCCUGCUGCCAAAGGCUGGAGUUGGGAAGAAGAUUCAGGAGAGGAGAACAGGAGGGGGCAACUGCCCUCCACACCGGGGUACACCAUUUGGGGCUUUCUCAUCUACAAAAAAGGGGGCCUAGAUGAACAUGUGUACAAUUAGAUAGGUAUUCGCAGUGGACGUCCACCUGGUGGUCUGACCCGCUCUGGCCCCUCUGGGGUCCCCAUCACCUUGAGCAAUCCCUCCUCCUUUUUUUCAUCCUCACUGCCUUUUCACCUCCCUGGUGAUUAACUCCACGGGAUUCAUUCCCACAAGACGGGAGGGUUCCUGCGCGACGGAAAGCCCUUCUCUCCCUGUCUGGAAGCCACGAGAGGCGGACGAACGUUCGGAGGGAGAAGAGGUGGAAAGGCCGGUCCCCCGGGCCAUCUCCGGGUGCGUCUGGUGGCCACAGAGCCCAACGCUGGGCUCAAAUCAUCUUGGGCGGACUCCAGCCGGGGUUCUCACAGCCCUUUGGGCCUCCCUCUCCAGUCCGGGGGGGCAAGAAGCAAACGGAGCCGGUGGGCCUCAGCACCAUCUCUGCCCUCCACUUUGAAGGGAUCUUAACCCCUUCGAGCUACUUCAGCAGGGCAAAGCUUUAAGAGCACAGAGACAUUUUGUCCUCCAGGAAGAGAAAGAAUGAGACAAGCUGCUUCUUCAUCUUGGGGUGGAUGAAGGCUUCUCUGCCAAAGAAAAGGCGCAUUGACUGACCUGCAGGAACGCUGGCACCAGCCCACCUUGCGGGAGAGAUCGGCUGGAGCUGCUCUUUGUUUAAGGGGAAAAAAAAAAAAAUCAGAGUCCCUAAAUUGAUUUUUUUUCCUUUGUUUGCAUAACUUUUUAAAAAUUGAAAUAAGGAGAGG